ACGGCGUGGGCUGUGUGCGCAGAGCUGGGCAGGGCCCCUCGGUAGGAGUACAGACAGCCGUGUCGGUGGCAACAAGCGUGUAACACCAAGAGCUGUAAUGGUAAUAACCAGCGCGGCACUGCGGUAACAACAGCUGUGUCACAGCAACAACAGCUCGCAUCGGCUGCGUUUCCCCACAGCAGAGGAAGUUCUUUGGCACGGAUGGGUCACAACAUCCCCGUGCCACAGCACUUGUCGGUGUUUUGCCUGCCGUGGGCCCGAGCAGUCCUGGUGUUUCCUAGCCAUAAUCCACGGGACGCAGUGCUUGAGAUCAUUUGGAGGACAAGACAUUAAUCUAGAUGCAGUAAACUGGAAGAAAUGGAAGAAAGGAAGAUCAAGAGAAGGAGCCCCAAAUCAUCUUCUAGUCACUCUGCUCAGGUUACUAAUUCCAAGAAAAGCUCAGUGCCAGUCAGUAAAAGUACAGCCUUUUCCAACCCUGCCCCACAGCCUGCCGUACAAAAACCAAAGUUAAAACGUGUAAUCAAAGAGAAAGCCAAACCUCCAGGAGGUGAAGCAAAAGGGGCACAGGCAGCACCAAUCCAGCAUUCUUUUCUCACAGAUGUAUCGGAUGUCCAGGAAAUGGAAAGGGGACUUCUGAGUCUCUUGAAUGACUUUCACUCUGGAAAACUUCAAGCAUUUGGAAAUGAAUGUUCCAUAGAGCAGAUGGAGCACGUGCGGAGUAUGCAGGAGAAACUUGCUCGCCUCAAUCUGGAGCUCUAUGGGGAGAUGGAAGAACUCCCUGAAGAUAAAAGAAAAUUAGCCAGUGAUGCCAACCUGGAAAGACUGCUGGCAGAUCUAGAAGAACUAAAUUCAUCUAUCCAAAAACUACAUUUAGCAGAUGCUCAAGAUAUUCCAAAUGGUACUACAGGCUGAGAGAGAACAUCUUUGUCAAUCUGGAUUCUCCCAACUUUGCUUUUGUUUUUCUGGACAAUGGAAUCAAGAAGAGUUGUGACUUUGUGUUGUUUUUUAAUAAUUUGACACAACAAAGAAUCAAAGUGCAAAUCCAGGUGUUUAUUUUGCACAUUCCUUUGAGCACUGCCUUAUAUCAGAGCUCAGUACUUAGAGUUGUAGUUAAUUGUGAUGCUGUGCUUUUUAUUGCCUUAAACAGAAAAAUUGGAGAAACCUGGAAAUAUAUUUCAUCUGCUUAAUGUUCAUAUGGUUGCAAAUGGUACAUGUAUAUAAGUUCAUUGAUGUUUCUCCAGUUUUAUGAAGGUAGUGAUUAUGUUGCCUUUCUGAUCAUUACAUAGACAAUCUGCUCACUAUAUCUUUACUGUUUUGUUGAUUGGUGAUGCCACAGAUUAAUUUAUUGUUAAUAAAGUGAAAAGUUUUAAAUAUA